GAGAGAGAGCACGAGAGAGAGAGAGAGAGAGACGAGAUCUUUGACGCUUUCAAAAUCAGAAGCGGCACUUUGCUUCGUAUUAAAAACCUUACGCUCGAAAGAACUCUUUCAGCCGCACUGACCGACUGUGAAUGACGAAUUUGUGACCUCCUUUGCAAAAGCAAUUAUGUUACUCCUCCUCCUCCCUCCGCCCUCUUCUUCGCUAUCGGGGGUAGCGAUAUCUAACCCUUCUGAUGCUUUUUCGUUUCUUCUCACACACACACACACACACACGCGCGCGCGCGCGUUUUCUCUCUCUCUCUCUCUCUAUCCGCUACUUUCUUUUGCAGUCAUGAACGGUUGGCUUUUACAUUUCCAAGCUUCUCGCACGGAAAAUCGCUCUUACAUUCAAAUCAAAAGACCUGGCCGCGCCGCUAGAAAUGUUUUAUUCUCAUCGCGGUUAAAGUUUUGCUGUACGAUGGUUUAAUCUCUCUCUCUCUCUCUCUCUCUGACGAUCUUAUUGCUAUUUCGCUAUUAUACUAUCAUUGUUUAUUUGGUUAUGAAGUUAUAGGGUAAUUCUUUUUAUCGUAUUUUGUUCAACAAUGUUUUUCUUUUUCAGUUAUACUUUAGUUUGAUAUCUUUUUUUAUAAAGUAACUAAGUGAAAUUGCACGUAUCGAUCGGUUUAAAUCGGUUUUAUCGUAGCAUCCGUUGUUAUUGCAAGUAGAAUUGCAAAUGCGAUUGGUCAGUUUUAGUUAAAGCAACAGAGCGAUGCACAGUGUAUCACUCUUGAUGCCAAGGUUUUUGUACCAAAGGGCUAGCGAAAAAUGUUCGAAUGAUAGCGGAACGUACGACAUAAAAGCACACAAAUAAAUAUCGUAUUUUACUAUGGCUAAAAAAAAGACGAUUCCUAGAAAAUAUAAAUGUCUGCCGGGCAGAUGCAUAACUGCGUUUUAAUCGAUAGAUCGACAAAAUUUUCUAUAUUUUAUUUUACCACAGAAAUAAAAAGCGUAUCCAAUAACUUUGAUAUAACUAGGAUAAAGAUUUAUUUCAAGUUCUCUGUACGCAGAGCAAUGUAAAGAAAAAAAAAGAAAUAAGCAAAAGUAUCUCUCGAAGAGAUGAUUACGCGGGAUGUUGAACUCGUUAUCAUUGAGAUCAAGGAAACAAAACGUUACGCAUAAUUCCUUCUUUGCAAACAGCCGAAGCGAAAUGAAUAAAAGAAUGACUCGUGCUAAGAUAAUUGCUUCCUAAUGGCUGCGAACAUGAUAUCUCGCUCUUCUUUCCACUACCAUUACGCUUUGUUUCCUAUCCGCCUGCACUCCGAUACCAUGAGCUGUUCGACGUCAAUCCGACGAUUUAAUGACGGUAUUAUGUUGCAUAACCCGACGCGCAUUUACAUGGCGCGUUACGGAAAAUCGCUUUUAUAUCACGCUUGUCGUAUAAUUCAUCUUGCAUAAGCAAAGUUGAUCUCUUACCACAAGAUUUUCUCUCAAUAAUUACUCUGCAUUACAGCAAUACGUGCGAUACGACGACACGAUCGAUAUGGGAGAUUUUAAUUUGAGCUAGUCUGCGACUUCUGACCUUUGAAAUUCAUAUGCCGUAUAUCGCGUUGCAUUUUGUUGCGAGCAGUUUAUGCUUUAAUAUGAUUCCGUUGCGACGAAACUACAUUUUCCAAUUCGCAUACCAUGCGAGUCUCGACUAGGCGGUGAAACGGUAGGUAAAAGGGUUUCGCGCGCAAAACUUAAUAAAUUAAUCCCGUAAACAUGGAGAAUCGCGUUUCGCCGGCUAUUCCGUGCGUGCUUCAUGAACACGUGCACGCAUCCGCGGCGAUAGCGGGAUGCAAUACGUGCUCGCGGCUUUGGCAGCGCAAGUCCCGCGGAAAAUAUCAGUGUGCAGAGCGUUCUGCCUCCUCCCCCCCUCCUCUCGCUCUCUCUCCCCUUUCGCGUGAUAUAUUUACUUAAUAAACGUUCCGAACGGCAGGAAAAUUUAAAUUAAAUUUAUUCAGUGAAAACAGCAUGUAGGCACGAGGGCGGCCGCAGCAUUGUUUCCGAGUGAACGAAAUGCGCAGAGCCGGGUAAGAGCGUGAGAGAAAGAGAGAGAGCGUAAGUGAAUAGGAGGUGACCAGAGAGGACAAAUGGACACAGAGAAAGAGAAGACAGUUAAAGUAGCGAGUGAGUGUAGUAGAGAGAGUGAAGACGGAGAGAAAGAUGGAUACGGAAGAAGAGAUAGAGAGCAAGAGGAAGAGGGCGACGAGAGAGUUACAAAAGUACGGACUGUUAAAACGAAGUGAAAAGCUCGAGAGGGAUGGCGACGCGUCUGAGUGACGGCGGGCCCCAUCGUUGAUUCGGCUGUGGAAGGAAAAAAAAAACGUGAAAAUAUGCUCUCGGCACGCUUUCCCUACGACGGAAAUGUGUCAAAUUCGCGCGUGCUCCGUCUGCCAUGGUACGUAUUCGCGCUCGCCGGAGCCGCGUCGCUCGUCGUGUCGGGGAGGAUCGGUGAUGAUGGCGCGCCCUGCGACAGAGGGUGCGGAUAACGACAAAAAAAAUAUUCGCCCGCGUUUCAUUUCGUCCGAUGCAACGGGCGUUUGCCGCCUGGCCGCUCGGACGCGUUGUUUUCGUAUUAUUUGAAAUUCUUCCGGUGUCAAUGGCCCGUAAUUCGAGCAAACAAUGACCAGCUAAACGGCUCACGACCACGACCGGCGCGCGCUCAUAAAUUCGCACGACUCUCUUUUAUUACUGUCACGAUACGUUUCGCAAACUGCGUGUGACUGCGUAAGGACCAAACCACACUAGCGGUUGCCGACUGGAUUGCGAUUGGCGAUUAUCGAUUUAUAAUUAUCUAAUCGCACUUAUGAUUGUGAUUAGCAAUUGUGGCCGCUGUACGUGUCCGGAACGAAAGAUAUUUAGCAAAAUGUCAAACGAUAUUAAUCAACAUUGGCGACAUUUGCAGAAGCGAAAAUUACCGGCUGUGAUAUUUGUUACGCUUCUGGAAUAUAGUAAUAAAUCAUCAGGAAUAUACGAAGAGAAGAAUUUGGCUGCAUCUGUCACAUGAUUAAAUCACAUCGCUUCAUUGGUUACGAUAGAUUGCUGACUGCAACUGACGAUUAUAUAAUAGAACGUUUUCUAAAUGACAGUCGUUAAUCUCACUCGGUGGCUUCUUCGCUCUGAAUGAUUGAAAAGUGAUUGCCAAUCGCGAUCGCUGGUGUGAUCUGGCUUUAACGCGACGCGACCUUCUGCAUAUUCCAUACUGCAAAGAAUUUUAUUGUGCUUUUUCACAAGUUGUUUGCUCAAUUACUUGCCCGUGGAAUGCUAAAUAAAGUUCCGCAAAAUAUCACGACAAAAUCCUUUUUGAAUUUCCUGUAUAUAUAUGUAUAUAUACCUUCGGAAUUUGUCAAGAGACAAGCAAUGCACCUUUUGAAACGGUGCCAACAAUAAGAAAGAGGGUUUGCCGUUGUUACACAAGUUUUCAUCCUGUUAUACAUAAAAAAAUAAAGAGGUAUACCUUAAGUUCGCGUUACAUUUGCGGACUUUAAGUUGGACGACUCGAGGCGGAUGCUGAUGUUAACAUUCGCCUCAAAUUGCUGUUUUCACACGUCGCUUGUUUCUUGAAAAUUAGCAUGUUGAUUAAAAUUCGACUUGAAAGUCGCUUUGAAACGUGAAACUGGGCUGUAAGUUUCUCGGGUAGAAAACGCGUGGAGAAGCGAGAGCCGUCGAUGCCGGGGCGUGGACAAAGUGGUCAUAUUUCGCACAAGUGUCCCAUGUCUACCCUUUUGUCUUUUCCCUAGCGGCAACCGUUGAAAGCAGCUUGCUGUAAGCGGAUAUUCUAUUUAGGAAAAAAGUUGGAAGCGCGCUUGUUCCUUGCCGUUGUAUAAAACUGCUUAUCGACCGGCUCGUCCUCCUUUACUGCAUAGAUCCACUUCGUUUGAAUAUGCAAACUAAUUUAUUUCUAUACCCUCUUUUCUCGGAUCGGACAAUAUAUAAAUACAAUCUUCUAAAGCACUUUAUUUUGCGGAGGAAGUGUAUGACCAAUAUCGCCAAAGGGAAUGGACCAUUCAGACCGAUUCCGACGUGAAUCAAGUGUGUACCUAGUGUCGGCUGCUUUGCAUAAAUUCAGUCUGAGCGUGACGACGUCGCAUUUAUGACGAGGGCAACGUCGCUUUCGAGAGAAUCGUCGCCUCCGGCGGGGAAGCUCCUCAUGGAAAAUCACGUUGAAGUUUGAAAAAUUCGAUGGCAUGCUCGAAACAGACUGAAGCUCACUCGGGGGAACGCUGGGUGGACGGCUGCAAUUGCUCACGGAACGUAUCUUCCUUCUCCCGAGCACGGCGAACAGAUUGUCAGAAACCGUCGGAUCGUUCGUUAAAGCGAAAAAUCACGUGCACGAGAUUUACUUCGAUUUCAUAUUUUUUCGAUUGCAUCGUCUGUCGGUGCCGUUCCCAAAUGUUGACUUAUCGUGAAAUAAACUUUGCUACUCAUGACUAAACAUUAGAAAAUGAAUAUUUAUCUUACUGAUUUUUGAGCGGUAAAAAAAAACUAAAAAAAGAACUGCUUUUUUAAUUUUUAGAUCAAUCUAAAAGAAAUAAGGUAAUAUCCUUUUAAUUCGCGAUUGAUAUACGAAAUAUCUUCCGCGAUCAAUUUUAAUUACAUCAUAAAUUCUCGCACACACAACUUCAUAUCGCAAAUAUUGAAGAAAUUCAAAGCGCAAAAUUAUCUUUUAACUCGACCUUAAUUACCGCUUAACUCGUAAAGUUCGCAUCAAGUACACGGUCUUAAUCAUUAAGGCAUACCAUUCAAAUUCAUUCUACUUAGUUUGUGCAGCCUUAGCUGUGCUCGCCUCAUUUCUUCUCUUUACAUCUGCUUUUCUAUUUGCGCGAAUAUAAAAGUAAAUUAUAAGAAUUUAUUUAUUCUGACUGUACUUUAUGCACUCUACUUAAAAAUUGUGAAUACUCCGUGAAAUUUUUUCAAAGUAAUAACGUUGUGUUCUACUUGAAAUUUUUUCAAAGUAAUAACGUUGUUUUAUCAUACAUUUCUAAUAAUCAUGCAUAAUGUUACCAUUAUCAAGUUAUCAUUGUCAAUAGAAAGUUGAACAAAUUAACUGUGCUUAAAAUAAUUAAAGUUAUUAUUGAAAAAUUAUUUCUUAUUAUAGUAAAGACACCUUCUAAGAACAUUCUUUGCUAAUUCAUCAGAUAAAUAUAUACAGACAGAAAUUUCAUUGCAUGGAAAAUUUCGAUUUUAUUGACUUAUAACGACAAGUGACUUAUAUAAUUAACAACAACUUUGUCAGGAUUGUUUUCCUUAUUCCUUAAAAAAUGUAUUAAUACCAUCACGACGUUUAACAAAUGAGUGGCUGUUUAGAAUUACAUUUAUCAAUGAUACGUAGUGAAUACAUCACUGAUUAUGAAUGAAAAAUUUGCUAAACCUCGUAUCGUAUAUCUGCGCACAUUGCAGGGGGUAACAAUAAAGAGUAAUUUAUCUCUUUUAUCUAUGGUUCUUGAAAAGCCAUGUAGUUUGUAUGAUGUACCUUAUUGAGGAUUACAAUAAAUUUCAGGAAGCACAUUAUGAACCUCUAAUGAAGAUUAUGUAUCGAGGCUAAAGAUAAACUGAGGAAAUCCGACCUCACAAUUCUACCUGAAAAUCCGAGGUUGCGCGGUUAUAGUUGACACGCGAGAUUAUAGAGUGUUAAAAUGUGGUCCAACGUAUUCGUGUUGUGUGCGUUUGUGCUAACGUGGGCCAAAGCUCAGCAAGAUGUUCAAUUAGAAAUUCCUCAGGGAUUUCUAAAGGGCACAAAGACUAGUACCAUAAUGCAGGACAAGCCAUACUUCAGCUUUAAAGGGAUACCUUACGCGAAACCCAAUGUUGGCCCUGAUAAAUUUCAGAUGCCGGAGCCAGCGGAUAACUGGGAAGGCACGUACGAUGCGACCUAUCAUCGUUCGUCCUGUCCUUUCUUCUCUAUGAUAGAACAAGACGUAGUUGGCGAGGAAGAUUGUCUUUUUCUUAACGUUUAUUCUCCGAUAUUGAACAAAGAAGCUUGUAAAGCUGUUAUGGUGUGGUUCCACGGCGGUAAUUUCAAUCAUGGCCUUGGAGACGAUGAAUUCUACGGCCCUGACUUUUUAAUCGAGCAAGACGUCGUUGUUGUUACGCUUAAUUAUAGACUAGGCGUAAUUGGAUUUUUAAAUACCGGUGACAAGAAUGCACCCGGUAACGCAGGUCUGAAGGAUCAAGUAAUGGCCCUGAAAUGGGUCAAGGACAACAUACACUACUUCGGUGGCUGCCCCAACCGAGUUACGAUCUUCGGCGAAGAUGCGGGCGCAAGUUCCGUUCAGUUUCACAUGAUGUCUCCUAUGUCCGAUGGACUGUUCAAUAAAGUUAUCAUGCAAAGCGGGAGCGCGGUGAACACAUGGGCGAUAUCUUACGACGCCAGAGAGGUAGCCUUCAAGCUGGGCGAGAAGCUCGACAUUGAGACCACCGAUUCUGCCGAGUUGGUUCUCAAACUCUCGGAAUUUUCCCCGAAAGAAUUAAUUGCGGCCUGCGAUGAUUUGACGUUUCUUAAACAGAGCUCUAUGAACGGCCGCACCGAAGCGUUUAUUCCAUCGGUUGAGGCUGACGUAGGACAAGAGAUAUUUCUACCGGCCGAUCCCUGGUCGCUUUUGAAAUCUGGAAAAAUUGCCGACGUGCCUGUUAUGGCCGGAUUUAUGGCCGAUGAGUCCGCCUUUCAUGUGCAGAUGAUGCUCGGCAAUAUCGACCAGAUAAAUGAACACUUCGAGAACUUCCUUCCGACCGACUUGAAUAUAACCGAUGCCGGGCUGAAGAGCCAACUAGGUGAAAGCUUGAAGAGCUACUACUUCGGAGAUAAAUUGAUCUCUACGGAAACCACGAAAGAGUUUAUGAGGAUGUUGGACGAUGUCAUGUUUGACGCCGGGAUCGCGCUCAGUUUAGAGAUGUUGAGCUCCCGAAUUUCGUCUCCAGUUUAUCAGUACAUAUUCUCUUAUGAAGCUCCGUUUGGUAUGAUAAAAUCUUUGGUCCAUGUGGAAGCGGGCGCUGCCCACGGUGACGAUUUGACUUACGAGUUCUAUUCGGAAGUGUUGAAAAAUAUGCCACAACCAGAUUCGCCCGCGGAGAAGAUGGUGCGCGUUUACACGACGUUGUUGACGAAUUUUGCAAAAGAUGGUAAUCCUACAUCAACGAAGAAUGCGUUUGUAGACGUAGAUUGGGAGCCCAGAGGUACAGAAGAUAACUACUUGAAUAUUAAUCAAGAAUUAAAAAUGAAGAAAGGCUUAUUGGGCAAAAGAGGUGAAUUCUGGAAGGACCUGUACAAAAAUGUUCUUAACUAACAAAUUAAAUCAAUGCCACGAGAAUAUAAAUGUAUAAUUGAUCGAAUUUUCAAACUGAUGGCGCGUAAUCAUUUUUAUAUUGCGAUAUGACGACGAUAUGUGGAAUGUUAAAAAUUAUAAAAAGAUUGUAAAUACAUAUCUAAAUAAAGUCCUUACUGAAAGCAUUA